AUGGUGCCCGGCGGCCUGCGCAUGGGCAGCCCCGCGCUGACGAGCCGCGGCUUUGUGGAGAAGGACUUUGAGAAGGUCGCAGAGUUUGUGGACCGCGCCGUCAACAUUGCGGUCGCCCUCAAGGCCAAGGCGGGUGCUAAGCUCAAGGACUUCCGGGACUACCUCGACAAGAACCAGGUCCCAGAGAUCGAGGCGCUUCGGGAGGAGGUUGAGGCCUUUGCCAAGACCUUCCCCACUGUCGGCUUUGAGAAGGCGUCCAUGAAGUACACCGAGUGA